AUGGCCGCUCGUCACGGAAAGCCUGAUGAGGAGCUUUUCCUUCAAAGACCUUCAUCGGGUGGUGGUGACAGUCCCACGGUUGAGCCGUUACGUAUUUACAAGCCGAACAGCCCCCAACCAUCAAGUUCAGGCCGAGUGAACCAUCCUCAGCAACCCUCUAAGCUAUCAUUUCCUCUACCACCUGGGGCAUCGAGUUCCGCGAAUUCUCUUCCUUACCCAGACGACGACAACGAUAAUUACCAAGCCCCCUCUCGAGCUCAUCGAGCCCCAUACCCCGAAGAUCGAAGACCAAAUCCAGAAAGCAGAUCCGGAUCAGCAGCGUCAGGAUCCAGUGGCAGGAGGGGCACGAAUGAUACGGCGCCUCGGCUGAGUCCUAUUGAGAAGAGGGCCGGUCCUAGCUUGGCUGAAAGAAGAGGGAAACAACUGCCAGAGAGCCCCGGCCCUGAUCUUCCUGACAAGGAGGGGUUGUUUGCUAUAAACCCCAAAGUUGGCGCAAGGCGUCCCUCGCAACCGAGCGCAAGCAUGUACUCUGGAAAUAACCAACAUUAUUAUGCUCCGCCUCCAGUUCCGGAUCCAUCAGAACUCGAUGGCCAGCCAGCAAUAAAUACGAACUUGGUUGCGCCCACUCCAAAGAACGAUAUGAAUCGGUUUGCCUCUACAGCAUCUACAUCUACAACUCGUGCAACGCGCGGCUCACCCCCUCCACCAGAGACCCCUAUCAUAGGCCCGGGAGAACAAGCCGGUGGUGGAAUUGAGGCUCGAUAUGCGGCUGCUGGUAUUUCCGGAACGGCUACUUUAAGCAGCCUUCAAGCACAGAAUGCGGCAGCUGCCCAGCGGCAGAAUCAGUACUCGACUCCUCCUAUUCCCCAACUGCCGCAAUCCCCAGGGCUGUCUCCAGCUCCUCAAAGUAUCCCCAGACCGUGGACGCCAACGGAAUCUCCUGACAACCAGCCACAUGGGCCCAUUCGCGUUUACCAAGGACCAAAUGAAGUGACAAAUUCCGCAUCUCCACCACCACAGCAGGAUGGAAGACAAGGCUCUGGAGCGCAGCAAAAUGCACUUGAGCAGGACUUCCAACAGGAUUUCCAACGCAUGCAACUCUCACCUUCUCCUCCACCAGCCUACUCUAGUGUCACUCCAGGAUCUAAUGGGGCUGCGCGAACUUAUCCUAAUGAAAAACGUCCUGCUGCGACUCCAGCUGUAGUCCCUGCUGCAAUCAACACUGCUCCAAAGCUAAAUAUUACAUCUCCUUUGCAGUCACCUCAGUUACAGCAUCCAGGCCACCCAGCUUUCGCAAAUGACCCUGUACAGGCUCCUCAACCACAACCACAAACCCAGCAACAAAAUGCCCAGCCAGCCCCAGUUCAGCAAGUAGCGAAUUCUUCGCCCUUUCAGGGCGCAGGUCCGAGCUCUCCCCCACCGCUUCCAGAAGGUUGGAUUGCUCAUCUAGACCAAAAUUCAGGCCAAUAUUACUAUAUUCACCUUCCAACCCAAGCAACUCAAUGGGAAUUUCCCAAAGGCCCCACCCCACUCAACCAUGAUAUUGCUCCUCUUUCACCUACAACUUCCACCUAUGGAAAUCCUUUGGCAUCACCAGGACUUAGUGCAUUUGGCAAGACUCCUCUUAGCUCACCCGGUUUUCCGCCUCAUACACCUGGAUAUGCAGAAAGUAUCAUGAGCAUGGCUUCUCAAACCCCCACGGCAGCGGGAUUUUCUGGACCUCCGCCAAGUGCCGGGGUCGAUAUGUACAAAGUUGCUCCUACCAACGGUGUUUACUUUGGACCGUAUCUUCGUUAUGUUAAUAUGGAUAUGGAAAGAGGUUUGUGGCUGGGUACAAUUAUGCUGGUCACGGACGCUCCUCAACCCCCAACUAUCCACAUACAUCAAAGUGUUGAUUUAUCACCAAAUCCUCGGCAGCUCAAACCUAACCCAAUAUUUACGCACCAAAGAUGGAUUUUCUAUCGAUAUGAUGUAGAAUUACAGAUGGGAGAAGGUCCCAGCGACAAAUGGACGUAUGCCAUAACAUCGCACCUAGGCUGUACUCGGUACGAAUUCCUAGUUGCUGGUCGGUACGAAACCAACUGGAGAUUUAUUGCACAUUCCGGCAAUGAUUUUGCUAUGAAUACGAGCAUGACCGAGCGUUCUAAGCUUGGUGGAAUUGGGUUUAUGUGGAAAGACAUUUUACAGAAGAACGUCGAAUGUGGUGGCUUCCAUGUUCAGCUCGGCCUAGGCGAUCAGAUAUAUGGAGACAGAUUAUGGAAAGAGAUUCCGUUGCUGAAGCAAUGGCUAGCCAUGAGUGGCAAAGACAACCGGCGAAGUGCAGCUUGGACCGCUCGGCAUGAGGAAGAUGUUUCCCAUGCGUAUUUCCACUACUACAGCAGUCAUUUCGAUCAACCGUAUCUAAGGGAAGCUUUCGCUCAAAUUCCUCACGUCCUGCAGAUCGAUGACCAUGACAUAUUUGACGGGUUCGGAUCGUAUCCAGAGUAUAUGCAAACGUCUAAUAUGUUCAAGAAUAUUGGACGUAUUGGCAUUGAAAUGUAUCUUCUGUUUCAACAUCAUACGACUCUAGAGAUUCUUCGGAACGUUAGCACUGAUACAGAUCUUUUUACAAUCACCGGUUCUGGUUGGCAUUUCGUCAAGUUCCUUGGGCCUGCAGUUGUGGUUAUUGGUCCAGAUUGCCGUUCAGAACGUAAUCAACGUCAAGUUCUGGCAGGUCCGACUUAUCAAGGAAUAUUCCCAAAGGUUGCGACUCUCCCUCCCAGUGUACAACAUUGUAUCUGGAUGGUUUCAGUACCAGUCAUAUAUCCGCGCCUAGACACCGUUGAAAGUAUAGCUCACACGAUGGCAACGGGCAAGAAAGCAGUGACUGGAACAUACAAUUUGCUUGGCAAAGUUACGAGUUCCGUAGCAGGUGUAGUAGGUGGCAAAGACGCUGUGGCAUCUGGAUUCUCCCAAGUAAAAAAGGCAGUUGGGAAGUCUGGGCUUAUGGGAGGAGUUCUCAACACCUUUGGCGACAUUGACAUUGCUGAUGAGCUGCGAGACAUGUGGACGCACGAAUCGAAAGAUCUUGAGAGGACAUACUUAAUUCGAACUUUGCAAGGAAUUGCGCAUCAGAAGGGUAUCCGCAUGACUUUCUUGUCUGGAGAUGUGAAUUGCUGCGGUGCCGGUCUAGUACAUGAUCCAAGCCACCCAAGUGAUCACAAAACAAUGUAUCAAGUCAUAUCCUCAGCCGUGGUUGCAGCACCUCCUCCAUCUUACGUUCUCAAGAUGCUACACAACAACAAACCUCUCUACGUCCCAGCAAACGGCCAAAGGACCACCAACCAAGUCUCGGACACCAAGGAAGACAUGAUGGAAAUCUUCCAAACGGAUACAAAUGGCGGUCCUCGAGAAAUGAAGAAGCUAAUGGGCAGGAGAAACUACGUCGCCUUUGUAGCAUAUGACCCGGAAGCGAUUGCAGGCACACAAUACGCAAACAGUGUGCAUAGCGGACAGCAGGGAUUGACGAAGCUGAGCCUGGCAGUGGAUUUUGUGGUUCAGGGAGAUGGCGGCUUCAGCCCACCGACGAAAUACGGACCUGUAAUUGUGCCGAGUUUGGAAUUUGGGAGAUAG